CCUUUCAUUGCAACUGCGUCGUGAUUCCUACAUGUGAGGCCUGCUGUUAUCAGCCGAUGACAUAAGAUGCCACCAACCAACCAGCGACGCGGCUUUAUCAUCCGCACCCGGCGAUCCCUUGCAUUUGUAUUUAGUCCAAUACUAUAUCCCCUCAUUCUCCCCUCAUUGCCCUCUCCUACUUCCACUUCCAUUCCCCGGACUCAUCAUGAAAGAACCCGUCAUGCCAACGACUUCUCUCCCUCCUCCCCCCUCCCCCCGUCCUCUCCGCUUCCUCAUAAUUGGCGCUGGAUCUCGUGGCACCGCCUACGCCCGUGCUGUCACCACCGCUACUCAAGGCACCAUCCACGCCGUCGCCGAACCACACCCCUUCAAGCGCCGACACCUCGGCCGCUCCUACAUCUGGGGCGAACACGGCACUCCCCAAGACGGCCAGGAAUUCCCCGACUGGCGCGCCUGGCUACAAUGGGAGCAGCAACGUCGAGAAACCAAGAAUGACACCCGGGUCGGUGUCGACGGGGUCUUCAUCUGCACCCUUGACUCCACCCACGUCGAGAUCCUGCACGCCAUCGCCCCUCUCCAACUCCACAUCCUCUGCGAGAAGCCUCUCGCCCUAUCUCUAGAAGACUGCCUAUCCGUCUACCGCGCCCUCACCCCAAACCUCUCCACCAACAUCUUCUCCAUCGGCCACGUCCUCCGCUACAGCCCCCACAACAUCCUCCUCCGCAAACUCCUCCUUCUCGACCGCGUCAUCGGCGACAUCGUCUCCCUCGAGCACACCGAACCCGUCGGCUUCUGGCACUUCUCGCACAGCUAUGUCCGCGGCAACUGGCGUCGAGAAACCCCCAACGGGGACGGCUCCCUACUAACCAAAUCCUGCCACGACAUCGACUUCAUUAUGUGGUUACUCUCCAGCCCUUCUCCUCCCUCCUCGGACCCAACCUCGCAACAACAACCCAUCCACCCCCGAACCAUCACCUCCACCGGCUCCUUGACCCAAUUUCGCAAAUCCCAAAAACCCCCCGCCGCAGGCACCGCAACAAACUGUCUCUCCUGCCCCGCAGAACGAGACUGCAUCUACAGCGCCGUCCGAAUCUACAAUGACAUGCACGUCGCCAAAGGCGACAUAGACUGGCCCGUAAACAUCGUCUGCGAAGACAUCGAAGAUAUCCUCCCCAAAGCAACAACCACUACCACCCCUAGAAUCAACAAGUCCGACCCCAUCCCCCCCGAACACAUCCCCCUCGCUCAAUCCCACCUCCUCACCCGUCUCCGCGAAGACUACGAUCAAACCUCCACCAUCAUCACCACCACGGACGAAAACGACCCCAUCCACUCCCGCCCGUGGUACGGCCGCUGCGUCUACGAAUCCGACAACAACGUCUGCGACGACCAAACCGUAACAAUAACCUUCUCGUCCGACCCACCCAAAACCGCCCUAUUCCACAUGAUCGCCCCCACCGAAAAGCAAUGCGAGCGACGUGGCCGCGUAUACGGCACACUGGGCGAAAUCAGCUACGAUAGUCGCACGAUCACCAUCUACUCGUUCCAGACGAGGGAGACUACGACGAUUACGGUGCCGAAGAGGCCGGCGGAGGAGGAGAAGGCGCAUGGCGGAGGGGACUAUGGGCUGGCGAGGAGCUUUGUGGAUGCUGUGGAUGCGGUGGUUAAUAAGGGGUGGGGGGUGGCGGAGGCACAGAGGAGGUUUGUUGGGUGUGAUCUUGAGGAGGCGGUUAGGAGUCAUGCGGUGGUAUUUGCGGCAGAGGAGGCCAGGAGGGAGGAGGUGGUGGUUAAGUGGGGGGAGUGGUGGGGAGGUAAGGUUAAGGGGGUGGGUUUGUAG